GGAUUUUAUUCAAAUAUGACUCGGCAAGAUUUAUGUAGGUCGUAUAAGGUUUAUCGCCAGACGCAGUCAAGCGGCCGAAUUGCUCUGAAGAAAAAUACGAGCAGUAUUAAAAUGACAGCUUCAGCGUUCUGCGUUAAUUCUCUAAUACAUUCUGGUGAGAACGCUCCAGUUUUGAAACCAUCGGCGGCGAGCGAUAUUCAGACGGCGGCUCUUGCCACCUCAAAAUGUGGCAGCUUUGCCACGAAAUUCUCAGAUUCCGUAACGCAAGCUGCCGGAGUCCACAACAAUCUUUCGAGCACCCCUGCAACGAACAUGUACUCUUUCCCUACAGAUCAGCCCGGGUAUGCCAACCCUUGGUAUUUUUCAUGCGACACCCAGCACUACACGUCUGUCCCGAUGACUGGUAUCGGGGAGGACUAUGAUCCGACAGCCUACCCCUAUAUGGGUACACAAAAGAACUAUGAUACAGGGUUAAGUAGUUAUUACUCUCUUUCGAAACAAUCAUACGAUCGCUAUGCGAACCCUGGCUCUACAAUGUAUACACCGCACAGUGGCGCUAGCUUGGGCCCAGCCUACACCAGCACGUUCAGCCGAUACAACAGUACAGCAACUGCAGCAGAAGAGAAACGCUAUACAACUUUUUCCAAUUUCGACAGUCAGACGUAUCCCGCAACAUGUAAAACUGGACGCAAAACGUCAACUUUUACGCCGUCAUCACCGUCUUCAUCACCACCUCCGAUAACAACAAAGGACACGGGAUCGACGGACGGAGGAAAAUCAGAUAAAGAAGAAGGUAAGCUGAUCUGUUUAUUUAAUCAAACUCAAAAAGCCUAA